CAGGGAUGCGCGAGGGACGGUUUGCCACUCGUCUCGUUCAUGCCGCAACUUUCUUGUGUCUUGUGUCGUGUAGCUCUUGAGAAGGCAAAUACACAACCCCUCCCACACACAACCAACGCGGCAGCCAAGCCCGAAAGUCAAUUAUAAUGCACAUACAUACAACCAUUCCAUCAUGUCCAACCACAGCACGCGCGAGGCAUGCCUCAUGGUCGUGCUACCAACACGUGGCCCCUCUCAACCCCUCCCCCGUCCUAUGCACGGUAUCAAUGUGUAUAUCUAUAUAUAGUAGUGUGGACUGUGCUGUCUAAGUACGUACAGUCGUAAAUGCAUCCACGAGAUGUGUGUGUGAGUGUCCUGUGUGUGAUUCAGGUCUGGUCGAGGCGUGUGUGUGUAAGUAAGUGAGGAGAGAGAUACAUGCACGGCGGGACAUUAACUGUCUGGGCAGAAACGAGGGACAUGGACAAAAACUGCCAAGCGAAACAGUACAGUGUCGUCGCUACACGUACAAAUGAGUACACAUGCAGAGAGACAGCACAGCACCAGCCAAACCGAAGCAAAAAUCCGGGGAGUGCGACAGCCGCCCGACCUUACCACCAGCAGCACAUCAUCAUUUCCACGCAUGUACGGUACGCGCUGUGCUGUGCGUGGCUACCCCUCCCAUACAGCCAGUGUAUGGAUGUAGGCCUGGCGUGCUCUGCUUGAGCACAUGUAUGUAGGCAUAAAUGAAGACAUACAUACAUCACACGCACAUCGUCCGUCUGUUAAGCUAAGCUGCACUAACACUUGUCCCGUGCGUGUCGCCCCUGAGCAGCUCCCACUUGCCCGCCAAGGAAGAAUGAAUCAGCACCGCUAUGUGGACGACCAUCGACAUGGCAGUGCUGACGAGCUGCAUCACCAAAUAGAGAGGGCUAAACAGCUCUCGCGCCUCGGCUGGCGCGACGUGUGCGCUCUCCGGCAGCACCCAGUAGAGUGUCGACGGGGUCUCCCCUGUCGUCCUGAUGCUCGAGAACAGGAUGAUGGACGCCAUCAGGAUGGGCGCCUCCCCACACAGACCCAACACGGCAUACAUGAUCCGAACAGCCGGGCCAUUGUCAGGGUAUGCCAGCUUCACAAACCAGCAGGCGGCGUCCAGCCCGCACAGCACCAUGAUGCCCCAGCCAACGGGAGAGCUCCACUUAGUCAGCUGCAGCACCAAGAGUGCGGUGGUGGCGUCUGCCACAAGGUCCACGGCCGUGAGGAAGCAGCGGACGACAUAGGCCAUCCAUCUGCGCAUGGGGCGGGCGGGCAUGUACCUCCCCAGCACACAACGCAUGGCGCGGAGCAGCAAGCGUUGCCAUCGCGGGGUCGUCCUCUGCUGCUCGCCGGCUUGCUUAUUAUUCUCCUCGGUCCUGAACCGCUCAUACGCCCGAUCUCCGAUAAGAAUGCAAAAGACCUGCAGGCACCCACACACAUCGACGUGCACGACCGUCCCCAUACUGCUUGUCUGUCUCUGUGUGUGGUUCUCCCUCUCCCUGUUGGCUCCACUGACCAGUGUGUUGACGAACAUGGCCCACCAAACAACGACCAGCGAAUUCCUGCCCCACAUCUGGGCGUCGGGCGUGUCGCUCACAGAAGUCCGUAUGAGAUCGUAAAAACGGUAGGCCGACAUGAGCUGGUUCGGCCACCACAGGCACCACUUGACGCGACGCAGCGCCGCUGGCCGAGCGAACAGCGUGACGAAGAGAAAGAGGCUCAUGUUGGCAAGCAGCAGCACCAGGAUGAUAAUGUGUGGCCAUGUGACGUAUUUCUGCAUCUGACCUGCAUUCAGGCAAAACACACACAGACACGUCAUCUGCUCCCUCAGGCACACACGCAAAGCAUCUGACCGUCAUGAAACUUGUCGUCGUAGCGGCGGACGAGCAGCGUCGUGAGGGUGCCGGCCCAUAGGAAGGCAGAGAACCCCACAAAGCCUGGUGGGCCGACAUGAUGCCUCAAAUUGUCCCACGAAAACUGCUGGUAGACGUCGUAGAUGCCGCCGGGUGUCUUGUGCUGCCCAAUCGAGGGACCCUGCAGCUGCUUGGCCUGGUCAAUGACGGAUAUCACGUGCACGAACGAGUGAGCAUGAGCAUCAGGUUGCUGAUCAAAAUUGGCCGAGCAGUUGCCUGUCGCAUCUUCUGCUGGGGAGGGGGGGCAGGGCGUGUUGUGUGGGGUCGGUGCGGGAGGUGGCUUGGGAAUGGACGAGUGGCGGCGACUGGCCGAGUAGAGCACAAACAAGAGGCAAGCUGUGAGAACCUCAGACAGGCCUGCAGACACAGAAGAGAAGACACCGUUGUCCCUCCUUCCCUCCUCGUGGCUCCCUAAAGUGGUUGACUGACCAAUCAGCGCCACAUCCCAAUCGAUGAAGGCCAUGAUGUAGGGAUCCCUGUACAGCUUUUUCACAUCCCGUGGCCUCCCAAACAACGAGAUGAUGCCGCCAUUGACCCCACCGACCGCGGCAAGUACACCAAACACCGCCAUGAGCAAUCGAAGCAGCCUUUGCAUAGAGGAGUCGUCAACUCGCAAGUUGCGAGGCGCGGGCGCUUCCCGCGAGGGAGGGUCGUGUGGCGUGGAGGGGGAUCGUGUGCUGGGGGUGGACGGCAGCACUUGCUGCUGCUGCUGUCGUGGUGUGCACCGGUGGAGCAGCGAGGAGAGCUUCGUCACCGUAUAGCCAAGAGCGCACAGCUGGCGGCGGACCUGCAUAGACAAACAAGGGGACACAGACGUGUGUCUGCUGGAUACACAUCCUCAUGUCGACACAGACGUGUGUCUGCUGGAUACACAUCCUCAUGCCGCGUCUACCAGAAGGGCUAGAGUAAGGCCGACACAUAGCCCACCGGCCAUCGCGAACACCCUGAGCAGCAAGCCAGACACCAAGUGCGGAGAAACGAUGGCUGACUGCAUAUAUGUGUUGUGUGGAUUGCUCACUUGACGAAGAUCAAUUCUUUGAAGCCAGGCACUUGCAGCAGGGUGGGUGCGUAUCUCUCGGGGAAUGGCCGGACCACCGUUGCUGUGUUGAGGCAGAGAGAAAGAAGCAGCAUCGCCACGCAGAUCCAUGAGCAUCGUUCGGCGAGGAUCACUGCGUCGUCAAGCGCCGCCUGCCGCGUUUCGGGAGGAGGCCUCUCGUCGAGAUCCUUUGCUGCCGGCGUGUCCGGCAUGGUUGAAAGAUCUGGGUAGAGCACAGCUGCCCCAGCUGCCCCAUGGCCUCUGUCCUUCCCUCUGCGUUCUCUCCCGGUCCACAGCUCGCAUUUGCUAGCGUCGUUCGUUCGUUGACGAUUAGCGAAGAGGAGCCCUUCGCGGGCGAUCUGCUGCAGAAUGAAGACGUGGGAAGAACUGGC